AUGGCUUCCCAUUCCGCCAAGAGCGGCGCCCACCAGAACUUUUAUGCGGACUACGUCAUUCAAUAUUGCUAUGCCAAUGCUGAUCCUUCACGGUCAUCCGAGGAGCUUGAAUUGCUCCUGAGAAAGCUCUGGGAGGUCGGAUUGCAGGCGGAGGUGCGGCCAGGGGAGGAUUCGAACCUGCUUGUGUUUGUCCGUGCCUCGCGGAAGAAGAGCCUGCAGCGGGCGAUUUAUCAGUCUCGUAUCCGCGAUUGGCUCCAUGGCGUCCGCAGCUCCGAACCCGAGGACGAGUCCUCUGCCGAACCCCAGACGGAAUCCGAACGAUUGCGCAUUAUCAACCAUAUGAUUACACUGCCACGCGAAGACGGUGGCGCUGGUAUUACUCCGAAGCAUGGACACUGGAAGAAUGUGACUGCGGUCUUCCCGCUUCACGACGAGGAGAAGAAUAAGGAGUACCUGACAGAUUGGAGCAAGAAGACGUUCUUGUCGGAGGGUGACCUGGACCAGAUACGAGAUAUGUUUGGAGAGAGUGUUGGGUUUUAUUUUGCGUUCCUCCAGUCCUAUUUUAGGUUCCUGCUAUUUCCCGCCGCGUUUGGGUUCUCGUGCUGGCUUCUGCUUGGGUCUUUCUCUACCAUCUACACAAUUGUCAACUGCCUUUGGGGAAUUGUUUUUAUCGAGUACUGGAAGCGACAGGAAGAGGAUCUCAGUUGCCGAUGGCAGACCAAGGGUGUUUCCGCCGUUCGCCAUAAGCGGAAGCAAUUCAUGUCGGAGCGGGAAGUUCAAGACAACAUCACCGGUGAGAUCAAAGGUGUAUUUCCAGCGACAACUCGAUUCAAACGGCAGCUUCUCCAAGUCCCGUUUGCUCUGGUUUCGACUGUAGCGCUCGGUGCUAUUAUCGCCACGUGUUUUGCGAUUGAGAUAUUUAUCUCCGAGAUCUAUACAGGCCCGCUCAAGUCGUAUUUGGUUUUUAUUCCGACCAUCUUACUCUCUGCCCUGAUCCCGACGAUGAGUGGAGUGCUGGUCUCGGUCGCAACUCGGCUGAACGAUUAUGAAAAUUACGAAACACAAACCGCAUACGACACGGCUCUGACGCAGAAGAUCUUCGUGAUCAAUUUCAUAACCUCGUAUCUUCCAAUCUUCUUGACGGCCUUUGUCUAUAUCCCGUUUGCCAGCCUGAUCGUCCCGUAUCUCGACGUCUUCCAUCUGACAGUUCGGCCUUUCGUCUCGAAGGAGGACGCCACUACUGCACGUGCCACCUUUGCUAUCAAUCCAGACCGGCUGCGAAAGCAAGUCAUCUACUUCACCGUGACAGCUCAACUAGUUGGUUUCGCCAUGGAGACGAUUGUUCCCUAUGCGAAGUAA